AUGUCAAGCUCCUACCACCACAAUUACACGAGAUAUUCGUCGUACAAUUAUCAGAAACCACGCUGUGUCGAUGCUCAAUCUGAAUAUGCGCAUGAUAGGGAAAGCGACCAGUUUCCACCCUCUUCGCAGUCAUCGUAUUUCACCGGGGACAACCACUCGGAUCCAUUCUGUGCGCCUGAAGGAUCUGGUGUAUACGAGGCCGCAUACCCUGAAGUUCCAUCUCAUAGUUGGGCUCAUGAACCGAUGCACGGCCCCUACGCCCGUGGAUACGUAUUCCCAGGAGAUCCCAGCUUGCAGAGAAGAUCACCAUUCCCAGAAACGAGGGCUCCUCUGCCCGAUGCGCGCGAUUCGCUUUCAGUGACACCGCCGCUGCCCCGCUCACCAUCUCCAAGCUACGUCUCGCUCGCGGAGAGGUCCUCGUCUCACGUAUCCGACCCAUCGACAUCCAGGAAACUCCUGAUACUUGACCUCAAUGGUACUCUGCUGUUCCGUUCUGGGCACAUGCUGCGUCCAAAGGGCAGGUUACCCUUUGAGCGAGCACACGACGAGAGUGGGAGGCGGCUCCCGCGGUUGCGGCCUGUGCAUCCCCGGCCGUACAUGCCCACGUUCCGCUCGUACCUUUUUGCGCCGCAGACGAAGGCAUGGCUGGACGUAAUGGUUUGGUCGUCAGCGCAGCCCCAUAGCGUGGCAGACAUGGUCGACAAGUGCUUCGGCGAGGACAAAGGGAAAUUGCUAGCAGUGUGGGCACGGGAUACUCUGGGACUCUCGGAGGAUCAUUACAGUCGCAAAGUACAAACUGUGAAAGAUCUGGCCAAACCAUGGGCCCAACUCUCCUCUCUGAACUCUGAACUACCACCCUCUCCGCACUCGUCCGAAGCGAGUACCCCGCACUCCAGCCACCGCAGCCUCAGCCCCGUAGAGGGACAAAAGGCUACACGCUCUGAUGUUUCUCCCCAAGCCCACUCGGCACUGACGACGCUCCUCUUGGAUGACUCUCCUCGCAAGGCAGAGCUGCAGCCGUACAAUCAUGUCUGUAUCGGCGAGUAUUCCGGUGAGCGGAGGGCGAAGGACCUGGAGAACUUCCAAGCUGAGAAGGACUGGGAAAUGGCCGUUUCUGUGUGGCGGCAGCCGGAGCAAAACGGAGGGACCACAGAGGAGGAUUCAGCAGGCGAUAAAGCAGCAAAGAGCUCGGCAGGAGAGGAGAUGUUUUCUCCCCGAGACAGCUCGGAGCCCGGGCCCGAGGCGGACGCGGAUGCGUCAAGGAAACGCAAGCGGAAGGAGAAGAAGCUCAAGAAACGCGCCGCACGGCUAGAAGGAAUGGAUGUGUCGAAGCCGGAUACUCAUUUCGACGAGACGCUCCUCGCCGUUGUCGGUGUCCUUGAUGAGAUCAAAGGUCAGAGCAACGUCGCUGCGUGGAUUCGCACAGGCGGGUUGUGGGGCCCUGAAGAUGUCGUUGGAUCUCAUGGCCGCACUGUCCCGCCCACCGGCGGCGGCAGCGCGGCAGCAGCGUCCAAUUUCACGAUAGACGCAGACACACUAGAUCUACGGGCGGAGAAAGGUAACAAUGUCUCGGUCAAAGAAGGUGGAUCCACAGGCAUUGGGCAUGCGCUCAAGGCCAAGAAACAAAAGCGUGCGGCAGCAGCUGCCACAGCUAAAGGGACGAUCACGGAAGGCGGCAACGCGACUUCGGCCCCUCUCCCGGCUGCGACAUCAGGGUCGAUUCGUGGUCAAAGUCGACUCAGUGACACGUCUGAUAACAGCAGGGCUACGCCUGCACCCAUGUUGUGGUUCGAUCACCUUCCUACAGUGGAGUUUUGGGCGGGGAGAGGGCGGACAGCGUUGGAGCGACUGCGUAUUCCGGUCGAGCAUGGGAUCGAGCGGUAA